UCAAAUACUAUACUUCCAUGUGCAGCCCUUGAUGACGAAACAUGUUAUAGUCUGUGACUGUGAGGAAAGGGCGCUGUUAUGUAAAACGUGAAAUCUAGGCUAUGAUGUUAUACUUGACGACACUGGAAGGCCCCAAAAACACAAAGUGUCCUACAAAACAGAGUGGAUGAAGGUGAUACUGAAUACGAUAUCAAGAUUUCUUUCAUCAAGCCACGGAUCCAGCAUUAACCUGGAGACCAGCAAUGUCUUAACUCUGCAAGACAAUCGUCUUCAGUGAAAUUAUUCAUCUCACUGAAAGUACACUGUUCAACUCUACAAAGUCAAAAGUCUCCAAUCAAACCUCGCUUACAGCUUAACUCGGCAAAUUCGGGGUCUCAAGUCAAACCUGGCACACAGCUUAACUCUGUAAAGUCAAGGUCUCCCGUCAACCUGGCACACAGCUCAACUCUGCAAAGUCAAAGUCUCCAGUCAAGCCUCGACUAUCAGUCAGGCCAAAGCCAUUUUUCAGGACUUCAUAAGACAUUUCCCUCCAGCGUCCGUCGUCUGAGUGAGCACGAUGAGCCAGGACCUGUGUCGUUGUGGCAGCCUGAGCUUCCUCACCUACCUGCUGGUCAUCCUCUUUGGCGUGUCCUCAUGGGUGGACAUCAAUGGACUAUGGGUGGAGCUGCCGAUCCUGGUUCAAAACCUGCCAGAAGGCUGGGACCUCCCGUCAUAUAUGGCUGUCAUCAUACAGAUUGCAAAUGUCGCUCCGUUUGUGUACACGGUGGCGACGACCUUGUGGCCUCACCGAGUCCUUGAGCUUCCCGUCAUCUACCUCAUCAUCUCCGUGGGCGCGGUCUCGUGUCUGCUGCUGGCCUUCCUGUGGGACUUCACCUCGGUGAUUGCCGGCACGGAGCACAGCACCGCCCUGUUUGUGCUGCAGUUCUUCUUGGCUCUUGUUGACUGCACUUCCUCCGUGGCCUUUCUACCCUUCAUGUCUUUGUUGCGGCCGGAGUACAUGACCGCUUACUUUAUUGGCGAGGGAUUUAGUGGCCUGGUUCCUAGCCUAGUGGCGCUGGGUCAGGGUGCGGGCAGCAUGGAGUGUAUUAAAGUUCCCAUAGGGGGAAACCUCAAUGCCACUAACACGUCGAUGUACGAAGGCAACGUUACGAUGAAUGUGAUGGCAACAAAUCUUUCUCAAUAUUCUCAGAUAGAAUUUUUGGCAGGUCAGAACGUCAGUGAGCUGAUGAACUUGACACUCCCAACCCCACCUGCUCUCUACUCUACAUUUCCAGUGUACAAAGAGCCAAAGUUCACUGUGAGAACCUUCUUUCUGUUUCUCAUGUGUCUCCUGAUUUCAAGUGGCAUUGCUUUCACCCUGCUCAAUUUUUGCUCGCACUGUAAGCGAGAUCAUGUGGUUGAAAGCGACUGUGCCAUGUUGAGGGAUGAAAGCGUUCAGAGCAGCUUAAUGGAGACGACUGUAGAUGCUAUUGGAGAAAUUGUCCCUCUUAAUGAUGAGGAAAUGUCUCCUAACUACGAUAAAAUAAGCCAGGUACAUUUUAAUAAUAAGGGAAACGCUAAACAUAACAUUGUGCUGGAUUCGGAGCAUUCCAACCGCAAGUAUUCGAAAGAUGUUGUGUCAGCUAUCUCCUCGAGCGAGUCGAUGACUGCCAGCUUCAAGAAAAAGGGGUUCAAAAUGCCUUGGAUGAAGUAUGCGCUCUUCUUGUUUUUGACGGGCUGGCUCAACGCACUGUCCAACGGCGUUCUCCCCUCCCUGCAGACGUACUCAUGUCUUCCCUACGGCAUUCGGCCGUACCACCUCAGCGUCACACUCUCCAACAUCGCCAACCCUGUGGCGUGCUUCGCCACUUUCUUCCUGAAGUUGACCUCCGUAGCUGGGACUCUGAGCGUCUCCCUGGUGGGCACUGGACUGGCGUCUUUUAUCAUCCUAACCGCUGCCAUGAGCCCUGACCCUCCGCUUGUUGGUCAUACCAGCGGCACGUUUCUUGUGAUACUGGCCUGGGUGCUGGUCGUGUUCUUACUGACCUUCACGAAAGUCUCCAUCGCGACCGUGUUCAGAGGAGAAGGAAGAAAAGCUUUGCUUUGGAUCGGAGCUUCGACUCAAGUUGGCUCUCUCUGCGGAGCACUCAUCACCUUCUUUCUGGUCAAUUUCUACAAACUUUUUGAAGUGGGGAAUCCUUGUCGCUGAAAGCUGACUUCAUAAUAUAGCUCUGAGGACUUGAUCUUCGAGCUGUCAUAUAAUGUUUAAUUUGAAACGCUCAGGUCACUGGUUUUGACUUCCAGUUGGAAAAGUUUUGGGGUCCGUAGUGUAAGCUAAAGUAAUGCUGAUCAGUUUGCUAAGAAGAGCAAGAAAAACCUGCCUUUUCCUCCGUUGAAGGGAAGGUGAAAACCGUAAACUCCUCCAAAAAGCCUCUCAGAUCUCGGCUCUUUUCUGGUGGACUGUGGACCAGGUGUGCCAUGCUGAGGAAUGAAAGCGUUCAGAGCUGCUUAAUGGAGACGACUGUAGAUGCCUGAGGAGAAAUUGUCCCUCUUAAUGAUGACAAAAUGUCUCCUAACUACGAUAAAAUAAGUAAGUUCACCAGGACAUUGGUGACAUUUUGAAUCACAUGUUGGAAGAAUUGAUAGCAUGGGGUUUUUACGGAUGAGAGUAGUAGUUCAUGUACUACCAAAGUUCAUGAAGUGCAUGAUGGGUCGUCGGGCUGUGUUAUGUGAUACUGAUACAUAUGUGAGGUAUAGUGGUGAAAUCAGGCGCUCGUCAAAAUAAUGAAAUCAAAGAAAAAAGCAUUUUCCCACCAGUUUGGCAAUUUUUAUUGAAAUUUUGUUUUUUGGCUAAACACCUUAAAUAUUCAUAUAUGAAAAGACAUUGCAAUGUGAAUUUGACUGAAAACCCUUGUGUAAAGGCACAAAUAAGGUAUUUUUCAGUUUUCAAGGACUCUUAAGUUAUUGAAGUUUCCGAACUUUGGCAGCUGUUUUCUCAUUAAUUUAAC